ACUGGAGCCCAGCCAACCCCUGCACGACAGCCGUCUUCCCCCUUGACCCCCAUGUCUGCACACACCAGUGCCUCCUCUGCCUGGAUCCUCCUGAUGGCCUGUACACAGAACUGGGGUGUGGGUGGCGGGUUUUUGAAUGAAAACCAGUACCGCACAUGCUUGAGAGCCGGAGCUGCCCGCCGUCAGGGCAGUGCCAUGCUGACCUACUGACCAUUCCAUUUGUCAAGGCUCCUGAGCAAUUUUAAAUGCUUGUGGGUGAAGGUUUUUGUUUCAGCUGUACACCCUUUAGCAGGGCCAUGUGCCUGUGUGUACUCUGCUGUUGCCGGUGAGUCAAAUUCCAGGGAAUACCGUGAGGGGCCCUCUGGCGUUUUUUCUUGGACACACUUGAUUUUACCCCCAUUAAGCCCUGCUUGCUGGCCUUCGUUUCCUUGAGCUGCGCUGCCCCUCCUGAGGGACAGACACUCAGGCAGUGCUUCCUUCCAGAUGGGCUAUCUGAAGAGGAACGGGGACGGGAGCCUGCUCUACAGCGUGGUCAACACGGCCGAGCCGGAUGCUGAUGAGGAGGAGACCCACCCGGUGGACUUGAGCUCGCUCUCCAGUAAGCUGCUCCCAGGCUUCACCACGCUGGGCUUCAAAGAUGAGAGAAGAAACAAAGUCACCUUUCUCUCUAGUGCCACUACUGCGCUUUCGAUGCAGAAUAAUUCAGUAUUUGGUGACUUGAAGUCGGACGAGAUGGAGCUGCUGUAUUCAGCCUACGGAGAUGAGACAGGCGUGCAGUGUGCGCUGAGCCUGCAGGAGUUUGUGAAGGAUGCUGGGAGCUACAGCAAGAAAGUGGUGGAUGACCUCCUGGACCAGAUCACAGGCGGAGACCACUCCAGGACGCUCUUCCAGCUGAAGCAGAGAAGAAAUGUUCCUAUGAAACCUCCAGAUGAAGCCAAGGUGAGUUUUUGAACAUGGAAGGGCGAGCCUAAUGU